GUCCUUGAGAUGCUCCAGUAGGCUAUGUUUAGCAUUUUUUUCACACGAUGUGUUGAUGACAACUGCGAGACAUUCAGUGAAACGGCAACCUCAUAAAUGACCUUUCCUUCGUCUCUGUUUCAGCGUCCGUCGGCACGUCUCUCACAUGUCACGCUAAGGUGACUUUCAAGCAGUUUGUGCACUUUUGCGCACGAUGUCAAAACGGCACAAGUAUCGGGGACACCUUGGACAACGGAACUGGCUGGACUCCGCGUAAGGACAUACGCAGACCGUCAGAUAGUCCAAUUAGGAAAAUAGAUAAGAGUGUCUGUCAUGUUUGAGCGAAGCAACGGCGGUCCAUGUCAUGUACAGCAGGCUUCCAGGGAUUCAGAUUAGCUCCAAACUGGCUCUCGCAAACAGAGGGGGCACUGGGCUGGUGGCAUCAGUCACCUCGGAGCUAAACCAUCUGGAUUUGUUGCAUUUGUUCGGCCGUGUGUCUCAAUGUCAUGAUGGAUAGGUUACACUCGUCCAUGCGUAAAAGGCUCUAUAGUUUGCCUCAGCACAUUGGACACAAAGCUUCUAUAAUGGGUGAAGGAGAAGACGCAGACAAGGACACGCGGAGGAAGAGUAUAAGGAUGAAGCCUCUGCCCUCCCCUACUUCUGGGGGUAGCUGCAAAGGCAUCACUGAGACCAAAAGUGGGGAGUCUGUGAUCAUGGAGACGGACAUAGGAAGACCGCUGAAAACCAGCUCGAACGGUGAUUGUCGGAGGUUUCGAGGCAGCCUCUCCUCCAUCACCAGUCGGCAUGUGCACGACCCAGAGUCAGCGGAGGAGAGACGACUUAUCACCGAGGGAGAUGUGACCCCAAGUGAGGAGAGCCCUCCUGGUGCCAUUGGAGAUGAGCCACCGGAUCAAAGUGCGCAAGCGGCCAGUGGUGGUGGGGAUAGUGGUACCCACAACGACUCCUCUGAGCAGCAGCCCGGCUUUGUAAAGUUGGAUGCCAUGGAUCAAAUUUUACCAGAUGAUGAUAGAUUAUACCAGUCUGGUUUUAUGCAUAGACAGUUUGGAGCAAUGCUUCAACCUGGGGUGAACAAGUUUUCCCUGAGGAUGUUUGGAAGUGAGAAGGCAGUGGAAAGAGAGCAGGAGAGAGUUAAAUCAGCUGGAUUUUGGAUUAUACAUCCAUACAGUGAUUUCAGGUUUUACUGGGAUUUAACCAUGCUGCUGCUUAUGGUCGGCAAUCUGAUCAUCAUCCCAGUGGGCAUCACAUUCUUUAAGGAUGAGCACACGCCUCCUUGGAUCGUCUUCAAUGUUGUCUCAGACACUUUCUUCCUCAUGGACCUGGUUCUGAACUUCAGGACUGGUAUUGUAAAAGAGGAUAAUACUGAAAUCAUCCUCGAUCCACAACAGAUCAAGAUCAAAUACUUGAAGAGCUGGUUUGCUGUGGACUUCAUCUCUUCCAUUCCCGUAGAUUAUAUCUUUCUUAUUGUGGAAACACGCAUAGACUCGGAUUUUUACAAGACUGCACGCGCCUUACGGAUUGUCCGCUUCACCAAGAUUCUCAGCUUACUGCGGCUGCUGCGCCUUUCUCGACUAAUACGCUACAUUCACCAAUGGGAAGAGAUCUUCCAUAUGACCUAUGACCUCGCCAGUGCCAUGGUGAGGAUAGUCAACUUGAUUGGCAUGAUGCUACUUCUGUGUCACUGGGAUGGCUGCCUGCAGUUCUUGGUGCCCAUGCUGCAGGACUUUCCCGCAGACUGUUGGGUGGCUAAAAAUAAGAUGGUGAAUGACACGUGGGGACAGCAGUACUCCUACGCACUUUUCAAAGCUAUGAGCCACAUGCUGUGUAUCGGGUAUGGCAUGUACCCCCCAGUGGGCAUGACAGACGUGUGGCUCACCAUCCUCAGCAUGAUUGUGGGUGCUACCUGCUAUGCCAUGUUUGUGGGCCACGCCACCGCCCUAAUCCAGUCACUGGACUCAUCUCGACGCCAAUACCAGGAGAAGUAUAAACAGGUGGAGCAGUACAUGUCUUUUCACAAGCUGCCCGCUGAUAUGAGGCAGAGAAUCCAUGACUACUAUGAGCAUCGUUACCAAGGCAAGAUGUUUGACGAGGAAAGCAUCCUGGGAGAGCUGAACGAGCCACUCCGAGAGGAAAUCAUCAACUUUAACUGUCGAAAACUAGUAGCGUCCAUGCCACUGUUUGCUAAUGCAGAUCCAAACUUUGUCACUUCCAUGCUGACGAAGCUCAAGUUUGAGGUGUUUCAACCUGGAGAUUACAUCAUCAGGGAGGGUACCAUCGGCAAAAAGAUGUACUUUAUUCAGCACGGUGUUGUCAGUGUGCUAACCAAGGGCAAUAAAGAGACUAAACUGUCAGACGGAUCCUACUUUGGAGAGAUCUGCCUGCUGACACGAGGCAGGCGUACAGCAAGUGUGCGAGCAGACACAUACUGUCGCUUGUACUCCCUGUCUGUGGACAACUUUAAUGAGGUGCUGGAGGAGUAUCCCAUGAUGAGAAGAGCUUUUGAGACUGUUGCCCUGGACAGACUUGACCGCAUUGGCAAGAAAAAUUCAAUCCUGCAGCACAAAGUACAGCAUGACCUCAGCUCUGGUGUUCUCAACUACCAGGAGAAUGAGAUUAUCCAGCAGAUUGUACAACACGACAGGGACAUGGCUCACUGUGCCCACCUAUUGCAGAACGUCCCACCUCAGUCUCCUCCAUCACCUACUCCAGUGAUAUGGGCUCCCCUCAUCCAAGCACCACUCCAAGCUGCGGCUGCCACCACCUCUGUAGCAAUAGCCCUUACGCACCAUCCCCACCUUCCUCCAACACUCUUCAGACCCCCGGUUUCUGUCCUAGGGUCCCUUAAGGAUCCCCCUAACAGACUGAAAAAACUCAACACUUUUGCACCCUCCUCCACUGCUCCUGGAUCAGAAGGAGACUCUCCACCUGGUACACCCUCCAGAAUGCGCAAUGAUGUUGACAUGCCAUUACUAGCCGCUUUUCGGGCCCAGCAUAUGAUGUCAAAUUUAGGUGGGACAAGCGCCAGUCAACCAGCAGCAAGCAGUGGAGGUCAUCGUAUGCCAAGUGGAUCUGGUUCUGGCUCCAGUGGAGGUGGAGCUUCUGCCUUUGCCUUUGGACAAUGUUCCAUGUUUGGUUCCCCUUCGUCAAGUACAGCCCAGUUACAUCCCCAGCCCCAGCGACAACAAUCAUUUCGCUCCAGCACGCCACCUCUAUCUAAUCUCUUCCACCAAGGGUCUAUAAGUGGAAGCACAGGGUCAGGAUUAAGUGGAGGGAUGGCUGGCGCCUGUGGGGGAGUGUCAGGGUGGCCUCCAAGUGGAGCAGUUGGUGGGUCAGUUGAAGGGACCACUGGUGGAGAUAUAGUGUGGACAGCAGAGGACUUAAUAGCAAAAGAGACAUCUUCACUAGGGCAUUUUGUAUCAGGAGGAGCUUCUGCGGGGCUAACUGAAACCUCAGGAGAAUCACUGGGAUUGCCUGAAGGGACAGCACUAUGUGUUACUACAAGACCAGAGAGGUCAUCAGGGUCACAGGGAGGCUUUACAUGUGGGCCAAUUGGAGAGUUUACCAAGAUACCACUGAGUGUGUCAUCUAAAGCAUCUCUAGCCUCAAAUAAUGGAGGAUCAUUAGGAAGGGUUUCUAUUGGACCUAUGGGAUUGGCAUCAGGGGGUUUCCCUGUAGGGGGCUCUGCUGGAGUGGUUUCUGGAGAAUCAAUGGUAGGAUCUCUGGGAAGAGCAUCUGGUGGAUCAAUAUGCACCCAUGUAGGAGGUAACAUGGGAGCAGGGCAAACCAGCAAAGUACCAGGAGCAAGUGGAGGUUCUGUAACCUGUUCAGUCACUGUAACCUCCAGUGGAGUUACACAUGGACUUAUUCCAUCUCGCUGUCAGAGUCCAAUCUCUACUGCCUCGUCUAACCCUAUGAGUGGGCAGCUACCACUCUGCCAGCCUCUUCCUAAGCCCCCUCAGGUGGCUCCUAUCCAUCAGCUGCCCAGUCUAGGUAGAACUACCAGUGGUUUGAACCUGUUUAACUCUCCUCCCAAUGGCUCCCCUUCUUCUAACAGAGGACUGCACAGCCACCCACCACUUGACAGUUCUCCUUCGUCCCUCAGCCAUUUUAACCUGGCAGGUCUGCAGUCUGGACUUUUGCCUCACCAGAUGUCCCAGGAGAAAUCUGCCUUGGCCUCCUUGGCACAGUACGGUUCUGCAAAUGCUUCUCCCUGCCUUACCCCAGUGGCCCCCAGCCCAACCAUUCAGAGCCCUGUUAGUGGCAGGACUUUCCACUACAGUGACCCCUCCAGUGCCAUGGGAUCCCACAGCUCUUUGCUCAUGCCCCAGUCUCUAUCUUCCCAGCAUUCUAACCAGCCGCAUACGCCUGGCAGAGAUUCUCCUUUGGGGCGUUUUUCAGAGGACCUUAAGUUUUUAUCCAGCUCCCACCCGUCCCUGCCCCAGGAGAUGGCACAGGUCUGUGACCACCGUGCCACUCGCUCAUCUUUUGACACUGGAUAUUUUCCUUCUCCUUUUUCAUCCCCCACUCUUGUACCUAAACCAUGCGGCACAGUCCCAGGUGGUCACGUAACGCCCCCUCCUCAGACUUCCCCCGGGCCCUCUCACCAGACUCUGUCCCCAGGGACCUCUCCUGCUGUGCCACCUCGAAGAGGCUCGGCUGUUUUCCCCUCAGAACUAGAACCUCAGACUGUGCGUUCUAAACUCCCUUCCAAUUUGUGA